AUGUCAACUCAAAUCACAGUUACACCUAUUUCUUCUUCAGCUAAGUCAAGCAUCGACUUCGGCGCAAUCGUAUCAAACGUCGAUAUUGAAAACAUGACUGAUGCCGACUUUGAUGUGAUCCGUCAAGCUCUCUUCACCCAUCAAGUUCUCGUCUUCAAGAACCAAAGCCACGUUUCGCCCAAAGCUCAGUUUGAAAUCACUCGUCGCUUCGACCCUGAAGCUGCAGGUUCAUACGGCCAUGGAAAAACCAUCGAUGCAAAGCGAUCAAUCCUGCAUCCUGAUCUCAAGACCAUUCCUCAUCAACCCCAAGUCCAAGUCAUUGGCAACGGCUUCGUUGAAGAGUACGAGGGUCUGAAGAAUAUCCAGCUCAGACAUCCUCAUCAUCGCACAUUCCAUGCAACUACUAUUCCGGAUGAGAAGGACCUUGAUCUCACCAGGUUCUACAGAUGGCAUAUUGACGCUGCUCUGUACGGCCUUGCUCCCCCUGUUGUCACGUCUCUCCUCGCCGUUCGUGUUCCGGGCGGUCGUAAGCAGACUCUUGUCUAUGACGACGGCUCGGAUGAGGAGAUGACUGUGCCACUCGGUACGACCGCUUUCGUGUCAGGUUACGCCAUGUACGACCAACUCUCGCCUGAAAAUAAAGAGUUUGUGCGCACUACAAAGGCUGAAUAUGCCCCACAUCCGUACGUGUGGAUGAGCAGUGCAAAAUCCCGCUCCGAUGGUUUAGGCCUGGUCUCUGAAGGAAAAGAGAUUCCUCUCGACAAGUUGCCUCUCAUUGAGGAAGACAAGAUCCAAGUUCUUCCCAUGUGCUGGCGUAACCCCGUUACGGGCCGCUUAGCUCUUCAAGUACACCCCUCUGCCGUUCGAAAGCUGCAUCUUGCUGACGGCACGUUAAUUGAUGAUCUCGUCGAGGUUCGCAAGCGGGUGCAUGAUCUUCAACGUCCUGGUAUUGCACCCGAAAAGGUGUACCCUCACGACUGGGAACAAGGAGACCUUGUUCUUUUCCACAACAGAGGGUUGAUCCAUUCGGUCGUUGGGGCUUUUGCGGAGGAUGAGGUUCGUCUGUUUAGACAAUGUAAUAUUGCUGGUAGCAAGUUGCCAGAAGGUCCAGUCUUAGUAGAAGCUGCGUAG